UGUAUAUUCCGUGUUCUGUCGUUUACUGUGUGUACAUUUAGCGAUAAAGAAAAUUUCCAAGAGCUUCGAAAAAUUGAGAAAAAGUCUAUGUUACACAGCUGAAAACAUUCACAAGCUAUCCUAACUUCGUAGAGGAUGGGCGUCCAGUUUUCGUGCUCCGUCGCGUAUAUUUAAAAACACAAAUCAUAUUUUUAUAAAAUAUUUUAAAAAAAUCUAAACUCUGUAUACAUUUUUUUUGUUGUAAAAUACAAAAAAAACAUUCAUUCUGAAAAAAUAAAACAACAACAACCGUUGCUAGUGUUUAACAAAAAAUUUUAAUAAAAAACACGCGUUUUUUGAAAAUAAAUUAAAACAACUAAAAAAGUGAAAUGUAUUAAUUAUUAAAAAAAUAAAACUUUAAAAAACACCCUACAAAACAAACAAAAAUAACGAGUACCUUUUCAAAAAAAAAAAAAAAUCAGCCAAUUACAACAACUUUACAACUUUAGUACAAAUCUACAGCAUCCUGUUCUAACCAACCAACGUCUUAUCCUUGACCUUCAAAUUAUUAAAGAAAUUACUUUCGUUCCAAAACUAUAUAAAUUAAACAGAAAUAAAAUGGCUUUACGUUGUGCUGGUCUUUUCUUGGGCAAAGAGCUCGCCUCUGCCUCUAAACAGUUGCGCUCCUUCAGCACCACCCCUGCUGUGAUGGGCGGUUUCUUGAAAAACUCCCCCAACACUGCCUUGGACAAAUCGAUUUUGGAUCGUUAUCGCAAAUUGGAAACCCCCAGCGAUCGUGUUCAAGCCACCUAUUUGUGGAUCGAUGGUACUGGUGAGAAUAUCCGUUUGAAGGAUCGUGUUUUGGACAAGAUACCCACUGGUGUAGAAGAUUUGCCCAACUGGCAAUACGAUGGCAGUUCCACCUAUCAAGCAGUAGGUGAAAACUCCGAUACCACUUUGGUGCCCCGUGCCAUAUACAAGGAUCCCUUCAAGCCCGGCAAGAAUGAUAUUAUUGUCAUGUGUGACACUUAUUUGGCUGAUGGCAAUGCAACUAAAUCCAACAAACGUGCUGCUUUGCAAGCUGCCAUCGAUAAGGUAACCGAUCAUGAACCCUGGUUUGGCAUUGAACAAGAAUACACUUUAUUGGAUGUGGAUGGCCGUCCCUUCGGCUGGCCCGCCAACGGUUUCCCUGCACCCCAAGGUCCCUACUACUGCGGCGUGGGUGCUGAUCGUGUGUAUGCCCGUGAUUUGGUGGAGGCUCAUGCUGUUGCCUGUCUGUAUGCUGGCAUCGAUUUUGCCGGCACCAAUGCCGAAGUUAUGCCCGCCCAAUGGGAAUACCAAGUGGGUCCCAGUCUAGGCAUUAAGGCCAGCGAUGAUUUGUGGGUGUCUCGUUAUAUUUUGCAUCGCAUAGCCGAAGAAUUCGGCGUGGUGGUAACCUUCGAUCCCAAACCCAUGGAGGGACAAUGGAACGGCGCUGGCGCCCACACCAACUUCUCCACCAAGGCCAUGCGUGCCGAUGGCGGCAUGAAGGCCAUCGAAGAGGCCAUCAACAAAUUGAGCAAACGUCAUGAACGUCACAUCAAGGCCUACGAUCCCAAUGAGGGCAAGGACAACGAACGCCGUCUGGUGGGACGCUUGGAAACCUCCAGCAUUGACAAAUUCUCCUGGGGUGUGGCCAAUCGUGCUGUCAGUGUACGUGUGCCUCGUGGUGUAGCCACUGCUGGCAAGGGCUACUUGGAAGAUCGCCGUCCCAGUUCCAAUUGUGAUCCUUAUGCUGUCUGCGAUGCUCUUGUAAGAACCUGUUUGUUGAAUGAAUAAGUUAACAGAGUUAAGAGCUUAUCGAACCUCCGAUCACUAUCACAUCAUCAACUUCUCUCCCUCUUCAGACAAGAGUAAAAGGGCAGAGAGCUUUAUUAAAAUAACAACAACAACAACAUUAACUAUUAUUAUAUUAAUAUUAUUAUAUUAUUAGUACUCAUUUUUUUUUAAAGACAACUAAGCAAAUUAAACAUUAAAAUUAUAAUUCGUAAAAAUGAGUUAUUCCAUUGAAUACUUCCUUCAAACUAACCCCUCCUACUCCCCGCAAAAAAAAAAAAAAAACACCCGCCAACAAUUUAUAUUAUAAUAAGAAAUGAUGAUUAUCUUAUUAAGAAGGGACUUUUUUUAAAUAAGAGAACAAAUUCUAAACUAUUAUCUAUUUUAUAUUUUAUUUGUAUAUAGUUAAACAAAAAACACAAAAGAAAUUCCUUUAACCUAAAAAAAAAAAUAAUUGAAAACAUCCUUUUUUUAUAUACAUACAUACACACCUAAAACUAAAUAUAAUUUUUAAAAAAUUGUUACUAAUUUUUAUUUUGUUUUUUUGAGUAAAUUAUAUAAAUUUUUUUUUUAUUUUUUAUAGCAUUUAAGUUAAAUCUGCCAUAAAUUUUAUUAUAAUUAAUAAUUAUAAAAGAAAAAUGUAUUUUAUUAUAAAAAAAUAUAAGCUACAAAAAAAAUUAUUGAAAAAACAACACCAAAUGGCUGCACAAUUUUAUUUCUUUUACUAUUAAAUACUUUCAGAAAAUAUUAAAUUUUCUAUAAUUUUUUGUUUUAUAAACAAAAACCGUCAAACAAUUCCCCCUCCCACCCCCAAAAGAAAAGAAAAAAUACAGAAAUUAUAUCAAACAAAACAAGAAAAAAAUAAAUUUUUAUCAAUUUUUACAGUAUUUUUUCUUAAAUUAACUUAAACAUUUCAGAAAUAUUUUAAAAAUCAAGUAAAUAACAAAAAAUUGUUGAAAAUUUUAUCAAAAAAACUUAUUUUGUAAGAAAUUGUUGUAAAAUUAACAAAUAUUUAAAAAUGACACAACAAAAAUGAAAAAUUAAAAAAAAACAUUACAAAACAUAUUCACUAAAUUACUACUACACCCCCCCCCACAUACAUAUUAUAGUUGUUAGUUUUCUGGCAAAAACAAAAA